AUUAAUUUCAGAAAGAAUGGCAGAAGAGUUAAAUACCUACAACCUUCAGCUUCAGCAGGUGGAGGCUGCCCUAACCUCAGAACCUGAUAAUCAGGAAUUAAUACAGUUGAAAACAGAUCUGGAGCAGGUUAUAGCACUCACACAGGAGCUCAUCUCAGGGGAUGGUGAACAGGAUGAAGAGCAAGCCCCAGUAGAGUCUGAACAACCAAAGCGUGCUAAGAAAACUAAAUCCCGAUGGGGGGAAGCUGAACCAGUUCUACCUGUUAAACCCUGGCAGGUCGGGGAGAAUUGUCAGGCCUUGUACGUGAAGGAUGGAACCUAUUAUGAGGCCGUUAUAGAAGAAAUAAAUAAAGAUCAAGUCACUGUCAAAUUUAUAGGAUAUCAGGGACCAUAUACCACCACUUUGAGUUCUCUGAAGAUGCCUAGCAGUGGAAACACUACGGUUCACACAGUCAACAAGAGUAAAAAAGAAUUAGAAAUAAAACGAAAGGAGUAUCUGAAGGAGAAGAAGAAGAAGAAGAUGGAGAGGAUGAAGGACUUGGUGGAGGGGAAGGAGAAGGAGAAGGGCAAGUGGUUGAACUUCAGCUCUAAAGCGUUUGGAAAGCGUGGGUUUGUUAAGAAGAGUAUAUUUAAGACCCCUGAGAGCAGUGAUGGGAAGGUUGGGGUUGGAACAUGUGGAGUCUCAGGUCAAGGAAUGACAGAGUUCAGUCAGGCCUCAAAAUAUAGGAAAACUUUAUAGUUUCUUCGCUCCUGGGUUCUGCAUUUAAAUUCUAAAAUUUCUUUCAUAAAAAUAUUAUUUUCGAUUAAAAAAAAUUGAUCAAAUUGGUAAAUGUUAGACCUAAAAAUUGUUUCGUUACCUGACUUACAUUAUAUAAGAAUGGGCUUUGAUUGUUUGUAAAUAUUUCAGA